AUGUCUUUUAUUAAAGAGUUUAAACCAAUUGCCUUAGAAGAUACAAAACUAUUUAAGCCUAUUAAAGUUAGCGACACUAAUUUGUCUCAUAGAGUAGUUCUUCCUCCACUAACUAGAAUGAGAGCAAGUUUUCCAGGAAAUGUUCCAAAUGAAGAAUGGGCACCAGAGUAUUAUGAUCAACGUUCUAAAAGGCCAGGUAGUAUGAUAAUUACUGAAGGCACUUUCAUUAGCCCCCAAGCAGCAGUCUAUGAUAAUGCACAAGGGGUAUGGUCAGAUAAACAAAUUGCUGUGUGGAAAAAGAUAUUUAAAAGAGUCCGUAAUAACAAAUCAUAUAUUUGGCCCCAAUUAUGGGCGUUAGGUAGGCAGGCAGAUGCCGUGGCUUUGAAAAGAGAUGGAUUAAGAUUUGACUCACCUUCAGGAAUAGAUUUUGGCGGUAAGUAUGGCGAGUUAUACAAAAAAUAUGGACUCAGUCAACAUAUAUUAACCAAAGAGGAGAUUAAACAAUACGUAGAAGAAUUUUCAACUGCUGCUAAAAAAAUUAUUGAUGCAGGUGCAGAUGGGAUUGAAAUACAUGCAGCCAAUGGAUUUUUAUUAAAUCCGUUCCUUGAUCCAAUAUCAAAUAAGAGAACAAAUGAAUAUGGUGGAUCAAUUGAAAAUAGGUCAAGAUUUACUUUAGAGGUAGUAGAUGCUGUGAUAGCAGCUGUUGGGCAUACAAAGGUUGGUAUAAGAUUUUCAGCAUUUGGUACUCAUGGAACUAUGUCUGGUGGUAGUGAACCAUUAAUUAUUGCCCAAUACUCACAUGUAAUAGGUGAAUUAGAAAAAAGAGCUAAAGAAGGUAAUGGUGUUGUAUAUAUCCAUUUAAUGGAGCCCCGUGUGACGAACCCAUUCUUAUUGGAAGGUGAAGGUGAAUAUUUGGAUGAUACAAAUGAUUUUGCAUAUUCCAUUUGGACAGGAAUUAUCAUCAGAGCUGGUAAUUUGGCACUACAUCCAGAAAUAUCUAGAGAAUUGAGUAAAGAUGAAAGAACCUUAUUAGCUUUUGUUAGACUUUAUAUCUCCAACCCUGAUUUACCGGAUAGGUUAGAGAAAGGUCUGCCUUUGAACAAAUAUAACAGAGAAACAUUCUAUCAUAUGGGUGCAGAGGGAUAUAUAGAAUAUCUCAGAUAUAACCAAGCUAUUAAAAUAGGUUAUAACAAGGAGUAA